AUGAUCCUUGACAGCUCCGACAAGUCGAAGCGCGGCGUGACAUCGCGCACAGAACGCCUUGCAAUCCUCGAGUUCCUUCGCACCCCUGACAAUUUUGCGCUAAUGACGGGGCAGGCGACGAAUGGCAAAGCCAUGAAGGGAUACGAUGGGUACGUCGCUUCGUACCGUUGUGGAUUGCAUUGGACUGGAACCAACAACAGUGGUCGUGGGUUGACCGACGUAGACUACAAGAAAAAAAAUUUCGGCAAAUACUAUGGCGAAUCGUUCGCCUCCGACGACACGAACCAUGAUGAACAGGACCCCGAAGCCGACAAGACCACGCUGAAGGAGUUGAGCAACGGCGCUGACGACCCCGAGGACGACGACUACUGGGCCGAAAAUGACGCAGAAGAUUCCGGUCAACAACGCGGUACCCCCGCAAAAAGAAAGUGGAUCGACGAACGCGGCAAGGCGACCAAACGAGAUGCGAAAAUGGACUGCCGCAUCAAUUCCCCAUCGUCGAAAGGCGGUUGA